AUGCUCCCCGAUGAGCUGGAUGACCUGGGCGGUCAAGCUACGGGUAAGUGAAUGCUACAUGCCGCGUUCAGUAAUUUCAUUGACAUUUACUGAUCUGCGUAUAGACUUUGAAGACAGGGCAACUGCACGCUGUGAUGAUAACACAGAGAUGACUGGUUCUACGACUGUGGAUGCGGGUGGGGAUGUUUGGGAUGAAAUUUGGUUUCAUGAGAGACUCGCCAAAGCCGAAAUCAACAAUUCAUAUACCGUUGAAUCUGCCCUUGCGGACGCGUGGAGUAAGAUCUGA